AGUUUAUUCUGGCGGAUGUUCCAUUGCAGGCGCGCAGGCUUGUGGGUAAUAUAAGGUGCGGACCGUAUAGCACACUGAAGACUUGCGGUGGAAAAGAACUUCAAAGGUUUGCCAGUACGUCUGUCCUGCUGCAGUUACCGAGUUUUAGGAUUUAAGUAUAGCCAGUUGACAUGUGAGCGCUCGUUUUAGUGUUCCGCAACAGAAUACGUUACGGUAUCUACGUCGUUGCUCGCUCGGUCUGUUGAACAUACGCGCAAUGAGUCUGAACGAGCAUUCGUUGCAAGCACUGUCCUGGAGGAAGCUCUACUUGAGUCGAGCUAAACUAAAGGCUUCGAGUCGGACAUCAGCUCUGCUUUCUGGAUUUGCAAUGGUGGCAAUGGUGGAAGUACAGCUGGACACCAAUUACCCGUACCCUCCUGGUCUGCUCAUUGCCUUCAGUGCCUGCACCACUGUGCUUGUUGCUGUGCACCUUUUUGCUCUGAUGGUCAGUACCUGCAUUUUGCCCAAUAUAGAGGCUGUCAGCAACGUCCACAACCUCAACUCUGUGAAGGAGUCUCCACAUGAGCGAAUGCACCGGCACAUUGAACUGGCGUGGGCUUUCUCUACUGUCAUUGGAACCUUGCUCUUCCUGGCUGAGGUAGUGUUACUCUGCUGGGUCAAAUUUUUACCUGUUAAGCACAACAAGUCCACCAAUAGUACAAUUUCAUCAGGUGUGGCUGCUGCUAUCACUUCCACCUCUAUUAUGGUCCCCUUUGGUUUAGUCUUCAUAGUCUUUGCUGUGCAUUUCUAUCGUUCCCUUGUCAGCCACAAGACUGACAGACAAUUUCAAGAACUGGAGGAGCUAUCCAAUCUCACCAGGUUACAAAAUGAGCUGGACCACCGGGGGGAAUCUUCUAUCAUGCAGUCUCCUAGCUCACAUUUCCCAUAGACGGGCAUAGCCUUCUCUGGCCUGUUGGGUUUGCGCCGAGCCAGGACAAUAUUGGCUUCUCAUUUUCACAGGAAUGAAGAUAACUCACCCAAUUGUUGUGAAGGUUAAUUUUUGGAAAAUAUUUGUAUUUUGAGAAAACCAUAUAUUUUUAAUCAACUGUGAACACACAAAUGUGCCAUAAUGCAUGUUACUUGAAAUCAGUAGUAAAUUUAAAAAAAAAAAAAAAAAAGGUCUUAACUGUCUCAUUGCUUAAUUUAACACCUACUUUAUCGCAGACAUCUAACAAAUACCAUGGAAUCAUCAGAGCUUGGCCUGA